CCUAUAUUGUAUUUAGAUUAUAUCAGUGGUUAUAUAUAAUUCUUUUUCUACUCACCAUCAGUAUUGGGCUAGAUAAAGAAGACUGUAUCACAAUUCUGGCUACAGAUUCUUACUACAACUAGAAGCUUUUUUCCUUUCUUAAAAUUAGGGAACAAACUGGAGAACAGUGACAUGUCUGCUCCAAAAAAAAGAUUAAAUACUACAGCGUCAGCUCGAUUGAAACAAGAUUAUAUGAGAAUCAAAAGUGACCCUGUUCCAUAUAUUAUUGGGGCUGAGCCUCUACCAGCUAAUAUUCUCGAAUGGCAUUACGUUGUAAAAGGACCAGAAAAGUCACUAUAUGAAGGUGGUUUCUAUCAUGGAAAGUUGAUUUUUCCUAAAGAAUUUCCAUUCAAACCACCCAAAAUAAUUAUGAUAACCCCAAAUGGUAGAUUUAAAACACAUACAAGGCUGUGCCUCUCAAUAAGCGAUUUUCAUCCUGACACCUGGAACCCAGCAUGGUCUGUAUCAACAAUACUGACAGGGCUUUUGAGUUUUAUGCUUGAGAAAGCCCCUACACUAGGUAGUAUUGAAACAACAGAUUAUCAGAAAAAACAGUAUGCAAUGAAUAGUCUUGAUUUCAAUAUAAAAGAUGAACUUUUCUGCGAACUUUUCCCUGAUAUCACAAAUGAAAUAAAGGAUAUAUUAAAAAAAAGAUCCGAACAAAACGAAGAAAAUGAAUUUACGUCGUCAACUACCCCGUUAAGUGACUUUCGUUCUGUUGAUAACGAUAACUUUAUGAACGGCAGCAUCUUUGCAAAUAUGUGCGUUUUUAUAGGUUUUGCUAUUUUUGCAUUAACUGUUCAUUAUGUACUAAAAGCAGUGUCCCCAGAAGAAAUGAGUUAAUUGAA